CAGUGCAGGAGGCCACUGGUGGUGGAUAGCAGAGGUGUGUGUGUCUUCCCAGUCCUGAUGGGCGGCCUUCUCUCCCGCAGACUCCUUUGUGAACAGCCAGGAAUGGACCCUGAGCCGUUCUGUGCCGGAGCUUAAAGUGGGCAUUGUGGGGAACCUGUCUAGUGGCAAGUCGGCCCUGGUGCACCGCUAUCUGACGGGGACCUAUGUCCAGGAGGAGUCCCCUGAAGGGGGUCGGUUUAAGAAGGAGAUUGUGGUGGAUGGCCAGAGUUACCUGCUGCUGAUCCGAGAUGAAGGAGGCCCCCCUGAGCUCCAGUUUGCUGCCUGGGUGGACGCGGUGGUAUUUGUGUUCAGCCUGGAGGAUGAAAUCAGCUUCCAGACGGUGUAUAACUACUUCCUGCGGCUCUGCAGCUUCCGCAACGCCAGCGAGGUGCCCAUGGUGCUGGUGGGCACACAGGACGCCAUCAGUGCCGCGAACCCGCGGGUUAUUGAUGACAGCAGGGCCCGCAAGCUGUCCACAGACUUGAAGCGCUGCACCUACUAUGAGACGUGCGCCACUUACGGACUCAACGUGGAGCGCGUCUUCCAGGACGUGGCCCAGAAGGUAGUGGCCUUGCGGAAGAAGCAGCAGCUGGCCAUCGGGCCCUGCAAGUCACUGCCCAACUCCCCCAGCCACUCGGCAGUGUCCGCCGCCUCCAUCCCGGCCGUGCACAUCAACCAGGCCACGAAUGGCGGCAGCAGCGCCUUCAGCGACUACUCGUCCUCAGUCCCCUCCACCCCAAGCACCAGCCAGCGGGAGCUGCGCAUCGAGACCAUCGCUGCCUCCUCCACCCCCACACCCAUCCGCAAGCAGUCCAAGCGGCGUUCCAACAUCUUCACGUCUCGAAAGGGUGCCGACUUGGACCGGGAGAAGAAGGCCGCUGAGUGCAAGGUGGACAGUAUCGGGAGUGGCCGGGCCAUCCCCAUCAAACAGGGCAUCCUGCUGAAGCGGAGUGGCAAGUCCCUGAACAAGGAAUGGAAGAAGAAGUACGUGACACUGUGUGACAAUGGGCUGCUCACCUACCACCCCAGCCUGCACGAUUACAUGCAGAACAUCCAUGGCAAGGAGAUUGACCUGCUGCGGACGACAGUCAAAGUGCCAGGGAAGCGCCUGCCUCGAGCCACGCCGACUACAGCCCCAGGCACCAGCCCCCGGGCCAACGGGCUGGCCUUGGAGCGGAGCAGCACGCAGCUGGGUGGGGGCCCAGGUGCCCCCUACUCGGCCAGCAGCCCGGCCUGGGCCGGCCAGCGCCCAGAGGGGCUGCACCAGCGCUCCUGCUCCGUGUCCAGCACCGACCAGUGGAGCGAGGCCGCUGCCCUGUCCCCAGCCAGUGGCCCAGCUGAGGUGCUCAGUUCCAGCCCCAAGCUAGAGCCUCCCCCAUCUCCCCACUCCAACCGGAAGAAGCACCGGAGGAAAAAGAGCACCGGGACCCCCCGACCAGACGGCCCCAGCAGUGCUGCUGAAGAGGCAGAGGAGUCGUUCGAGUUUGUGGUGGUGUCCCUCACUGGGCAGACGUGGCACUUCGAGGCAUCGACGGCGGAGGAGCGGGAGCUGUGGGUGCAGAGCGUGCAGGCCCAGAUCCUCGCCAGCCUGCAGGGCUGCCGCAGCGCCAAGGACAAGCCACUCCCGUCUCUCCGCCCGAGGCAGACUCGACUCGGGAACCAGAAUGCAGCUCUGGCCGUGCAGGCCGUCCGCACUGUUCGGGGCAACAGCUUCUGUAUUGACUGCGACGCUCCCAACCCAGACUGGGCCAGCCUGAACCUGGGCGCCCUGAUGUGCAUCGAGUGCUCGGGGACCCACCGGCAUCUGGGGGCUCACCUGUCGCGGGUGCGCUCCCUCGACCUCGAUGACUGGCCGCCUGAGCUGCUGGCCGUCAUGACCGCGAUGGGCAACGCCUUGGCCAACAGUGUCUGGGAGGGGGCCCUGGACGGCUAUGCGAAGCCAGGGCCCGACGCCUGCAGGGAGGAGAAGGAGCGCUGGAUCCGGGCCAAGUACGAGCAGAAGCUCUUCCUGGCCCCGCUGCCGAGCUCGGACGUGCCGCUGGGGCAGCAGCUGCUCCGGGCCGUGGUGGAGGACGACCUGCGGCUGCUGGUGAUGCUUUUGGCCCAUGGGUCCAAGGAGGAGGUGAAUGAGACCUACGGGGACGGGGACGGGCGGACGGCCCUGCAUCUCUCCAGUGCCAUGGCCAACGUCGUCUUCACACAGCUGCUCAUCUGGUACGGGGUGGACGUGAGGAGCCGGGACGCCCGGGGCCUGACCCCACUGGCCUACGCUCGCCGGGCUGGCAGCCAGGAGUGUGCGGACAUCCUGAUCCAGCACGGCUGCCCCGGGGAGGGCUGCAGCUUAGCCCCUGCCCCCGGCAGAGAGCCCGCCAACGGCACCAGCGCCUCCGCCGAGCUGCACCGAAGCCCUAGCCUCCUGUAAGGCCCAGGAAGAGGGCAUGGGGGCCAGAAGGACUGCAGGGCCGGGGGCCCCACCUUCCCACGGGCACUGGGGGAAACAGACACAGAGACUGAGAAGCAGGGAUGUGGAGGACAGGAAGAGUCAGAAGAGCUCCACAGGAGGGACUGAGAGGUCAGAGGCAAUGCCUGGGAUUUGCGCUGCAGCAGAGGGAUCGGAGGUGCUUGGCCCCCUGUCCUCCGGUGCCGCAGAAGAGGGACAGGACCCUUUGGAGGUACUGUGAGGAGAGGGGAGCAGGACCUCGCCCUCCUCCAGAGUCCUACCUUCUAGUGCCAGCCCCUGCAGGCCUUCGCCUAAAGCGGAGCCUGGGGUGGGGCAGAGGUCGGGGGGUGACCUGCGAGUCCCAUGUAAAUGUGUACAUUGGAAUAUUUAUGUUUGUGUACAUACUUGGUGUGUGUGUGAUGAGCCAAUAAACCAGACUGCGUGUGGCC